UCUUCCUCUUCCGCCCUCAACACUCUCACUCCCACCUCUCCCUCUCCCCUCUCACUCCCAUUCCACAACACCCUGCCCUGUCUGUGCUACUGCUCCAUUCCCACCCCGCUUCACUUCACCUUACUCCACUUUACUUCUCGUCCUUCCCUCCCACUCCCACUCUCUUUUCUUUCCUUCCUCUUCACACCUGUCUUAUUCCACAAAGAACAAGCCCAGACUGGCACCUCUUCUUCCUCGCCUUUCCAAUAUCACACCCCAAUCAUCAUGCAGGCCAUCCAUGACUCGUCGAACUAUCCCCUUGAUAGCACAAUGUUAGGGUCCCAUCGAAACCAAGGCCCGAACCCUGGUCCCUGGGGCCCUCCGCAUCCUACCUAUCAACCUCAAUCUCAACCACAACCACAUCCACAGCAGCAACAACGACAGCAACAGAGCCAACAUUCAUAUCCAUCAGGACAUCAGCAGGCAGCUGUACCUACCUCCAAUACUCUAGACGCGUCCAUGCCAGCUCAACCUCAUCCUGCAUACGUAUCACAGCGACCAGCGUCGUCGUCCAGUCUGACGCCGACUCCACUGAGCUCUUCUGGUGCUGGUGUCCCGCGGACGUCUCACCGCAAAAUGACAGCAGGUUCAUCCCCUCUAGCAACGUCUUCGCCGCUCGCGUCUGUGCCUGUCCAUAUCACUAGAAUCAAAGCAAAGCCAGAAAUGCCUACAACCCUUCCUCCAGAGUCCGUCUGCGAGUGCUUCAUUUGCCACUCUGUCUCACCAUACAGUCAGCAGCCACCGCCAGAGAUACCAAUGAACCAGCGGGAGGAGCUCUCGAGAUUAGCGCCCACCUGUCCUUCGAUCCAUCUCUUUUGUCUAGCAUCUAGGCUACCUAUGUCCUUGCCUCUCGACGCAACACAAAAGUCGCCAUUGACAAGGUCAAUCCUCGAUUACUUUUAUUCUACAUGGAUUUCGGACGACAAUGACCUGCGCGGUCCAAGAGUUCAGUGUCUCAACUUUAUACCCAUCCAUCCGAUUACGGCUUCUUGCUUUGACCGAUACCUCGAAGGUCAAAGUUGGAACAAACGUGUCUGCCGGCCAUUGUGGCAUGCUGCCGAUCUCCGAUGUAAAUUGGGCAUGGAGGGAAUGUAUCGCAAUUGCAUGCAGGACAAGUGCGCUGGCUGCUUUAUCUUUAAUGACGGCUUCGAAAGUGUCAUUGCAAAGAACAAGCAUAUUUAUCUGUCAUCGAAUUCAUCGCGCGCUCACGACCAUUUGCAAGGAUUGCGAGUACCAGCUUCAGGAAACAAGCAGGAUGCUCACCCGGACAACAAGGUGCAGUGCAUGGUCCUGACUUUUGCAGCACUGGGAAGAGUGUACGAUGUUCCACCAGGCAAGGAGAGAAUGAAGCGCCCACCCAAGGACCUGGAUGUGGUGCGUCGGCAGUACGAGGCUCGAAGGAGCAAUGUCGGCAACAGCAGCGACGGAGUCGAAACUCUCACUGGUGAAGAAUACGAAGUCUUUGCAGCGGACGCUAUUGUACCGCUUGUGAUGGUGCUUUACAAGGUCGUCUAGAUGAUCUAGGUUGGCUAUAUCACUAAUAAAACCCGGAUGGUACUUCAUAGCACUAUUGCUUGCUUGCCAUUACCGACAUUGGAGCGAUUGUUUAUUUUAGCUAUACACAGAGGGG